CGGCUUGUGAACUACUUCGUCUCCCACCUCGUCCGCAGCCUCUCUCUCUGUUUUCGCCACCUCGAGCUCCGCUUCCGACCUCAUCAAGAACCCUAAGUAGCGCCUUUUGGCGAAAUCCAUCCAUCGCGGCAUACUCGAAUGGUCUCCGAUCACCCAUCUUUUGAUCGUCUUCGGCUCUCGCAUUCCGUCUCCAGAUCCAUCGUUAGCCAGCAAGGUUUCGCGUCCGUCGGAGACGCAAAGUGUAGGGUUUUGGUCGGAUUACAUUAGGUGAGGGCGCGAGAGGUUGGGUUCCAUGGCCGAGGCGAUGGAGAAGCAGCUCAUUCUCCAGGUUCUGAACACGGUCUUGCUGCCUUGCUUAUCCACUGACCCCCAAAAAUGUAUCUGCACCGCUUGGUUUUUCCGGAGAAGGAGGUUGAUCUCGCGCUCGGUUUUGUGUGGGGCGGUGCUUUUCAGCCUCGGCCUUGUUUCGCUCUUCACCGGCCAGAUCGCCGCCGACCUGGAGUGGUCGUCGCGGAUACGAGGACGGUGGCGAUCCAAAAGGGUCGGAUACAGGGAACCAAGAAAUAUGUGGAAAUCAGAAUUCACUAAUAUUUAUUAUGGUUGUAGCAACAGAAGUCCUCAUUUUAGAGCAGCAAUUCAAGAGAGAAUAUCCAAUGGCUACCUAUUAAUUGCAACAAGUGGAGGACUAAAUCAACAGAGAACAGGGAUAAUAGAUGCUGUUGUUGUAGCCUGGAUAUUAAAUGCCACACUGGUUGUUCCAGAGCUCGACCAUCAUUCUUUUUGGAGAGAUGACAGUGAUUUUGCUAAUAUUUUUGAUGUCGACUGGUUCAUUUCCUACCUUUCAAAAGAUGUCACUAUUAUUAAAAGGAUACCUGACAAAAUAAUGAGGUCAAUGGAAAAACCUCCGUAUACAAUGCGUCCCCCAAGAAAAUCUACUCCUGAAUAUUAUCUUGAUCAGGUGCUGCCAAUACUCUUGCGGAGACGUGCUGUGCAGUUGACGAAGUUUGAUUACAGGCUAACAAAUGCACUUGAUGAGGAACUCCAAAAGUUGCGGUGUCGUGUAAAUUUUCACGGGCUGAGAUUUACAAAUCCUAUUGUAGUGAUUGCUCAGAAUCUAGUCAAGAGAAUGCAUGCAAUGGCCUCUCAAUAUGUUGCCAUUCAUUUGAGGUUUGAGCCUGACAUGCUUGCAUUUUCUGGCUGUUACUUUGGAGGUGGAGAAAAAGAACGCAGUGAGCUUGGUGAAAUUAGGAAGCGUUGGGAAACAUUAUCGGAUUUGACUGCUGAGGGUGAGCAAAGCCGAGGAAAAUGUCCAUUAACUCCACAUGAAGUAGGUUUAAUGUUAAGGGCUCUUGGCUUUGCAAAUGACACACAUCUUUAUGUCGCUUCUGGUGAGAUAUAUGGUGGAGAAAAGACAUUGCAGCCUCUUAAAGACCUAUUUCCACAUUUUUAUACAAAGGAGAUGCUUGCAGGAGUAGACUUGCAGCCCUUCCUUCCAUUUUCUUCUCGUCUUGCUGCUAUUGACUAUAUCGUUUGUUAUGAGAGUGAUGUCUUUAUCACAAAUAACAACGGUAAUAUGGCAAAGAUUCUUGCAGGUCACCGGAGGUAUGCUGGACACCGGAGAACCAUAAGGCCAAAUGCUAGGAGGCUGAGCUCUUUGUUUAAGGCGCUUCAUGAGAUGGAAUGGGAGAUAUUUUCUCGGAAGGUGAGGUUAGUCCAGCGAGGAUUCAUGGGGGAGCCAGAUGAGAUGAGGCCCGGUCGCGGUGACUUCCACGAAUUUCCAUCUUCUUGUGUUUGCCAAAAACCUCUUCAGCUCGAAAUAGCUGGACUCCCAAGGAAGUCCAGAGCAAAUGCAACUUUGGGAAACACAGAAAGUGGACGAUAGUGGAGUAAAAAAUUGAGGAUUCGAGCCAGACGAAGUCAACGAACGAUGAAAUACUUUCAGUAACACUGACGCAAAAGUUGUUCAAGCUCAAGAUGCCAGGCGAGUAGAUGAUCGAGUGAUUUUAACAUCACCAAUUCCAGGCAAUUGUCGCCGAGCUGUAACCACUGUUCUACUGAUGUAAAUUACCCAAUUUUGUUCGGUUCCAGUGCAUUGUGCUCCAUUGUUUCUCAUGUCAAUCAGUAGAAACACUGAAGAAAGAAACUGGUACGUUGCUAGAGACCCGAAAUAUCAAGGUAUCGAUGUAUAGCUACAAUCUUGAGGGGCUAUGUUUGCUAUUUAAUUGUAUUGAACUUCAACUAAUUGAAUGUUGCUCGUCUUGCACUCUUGUUACCGCAAGAAAACAACAAUUUUUGAUGUGA